AAAGAAGGAGUUUUGAAAGAGAGAGAGAGAGAGAGAGAGAGAAUCAGAGGAGGAGGUUGAAGGGGAGGGGUGGGACCCUAUAAGAGCAGCUGACUCCAGUCUCCACGUAGCCAGAAAGACCACGCUGAGACCAAAAGAGGGAAACAUACACUGACGAACCUCAACCUGCACCCGAGGGACCCCUACAGGCACCCACAAUCUCACGCCAACACAGACGGUGGGACCAUGAAGACUGUGGUGGCUCUGCUGCUGCUCUGUCUGUGUGAUCCUGGACACAGUGACUGCCAGGCAGACUGCCUGUCCUGCAGCAACAUCCUGCCCAAACAGCUCAAUUUCAACACCAUGGUAUGUCUCAUUGAGUGCGAAGGGAACAUCUCCCCAGCCUUCUCUUGGAACUUCUGCCGUAAGGCACUGUCAUCACCGAUUUCCUCCCUCAGUGGUGCUAUGCAGAAACGAUCUCAGGAGGAGGUGGAGGCACUGUUUCCCGAGGAGAAGGAGCAGGUGGAGGGAGGUCUGUUGCUGCCCAUUGCAUUACAGAGGUUCGAUCACGUGACCCGGGCCCUCGGGGUGGACGAGGGGGAUCUGGGCAGCAAGGGCGGGCAGCUGAACACUGCCUACAAUUCCCAGAAUGCCCUGUCCCUUGAGGAUGAGUAUGAGGAGGAGGCUGGGCAGGAGGAAGGGGAUGCCGACGUGGCAGCAAGAAGACAAGGUGAUGUAGGGCUGAGUGUCUCCAAGAGGUUUGGCGGCUUCGUCAAAGGGAGGCACGGCUACAGGAAGCUGAUGUCUCCGGGAAGAUCAUACCAGAAGAGGUACGGCGGCUUCAUCGGCAUUCGGAAGUCAGCCCGCAAGUGGAACAACCAAAAACGUUUCAGCGAGUUUCUGAAGCAGUAUCUGGGAAUGAGCACACGGGCCACUGAGUUCAACAGCAUGUCAGAGGAUCUCACCCAGCAGAAUGAAGUUUAGCAGAGUGCACCUUUAAGCCAUCGCCAUAAAACAAUUCCCUGAUGUAUUUUCACUGAUCUUGUUUUGUAUUUCAAUCACCAACGUGUCAAACUUUAACUGGUCUCACCAAAGUUGACCUAUUAAAACUAAGUAAUUUACCAAAACAUGAAAAAUCCAGUGGAGUCACUAGAAACUCCGUAAUCCCUGGCAUCUUCCAGGCCCCCUGUCCAGCUCUAGGUGCCCUGAAUCAUUCAGACCUCCCAUUUGCUGCCCCAUGUGGGUUGUACCAGUUAAACAUUCAUGUUUCAUUUGAUUAGCUGCCCAAGCACUUCAUGAGAUUUGAGGCAAGCUCCCAGUGUGGGAAUCCUUGAGAGUCCUGGAGUGGUUUGCAGCAAAUAUAAAGGAUUUAUUUUACUGUUUGGUGUAAUUUACGAGAAAAGUCAACAAUAAAAGUUAUCAUAGUCAUUGCUUUUCUGAUCCUCUUUAUUAUGUAGUAUAUUUUACACAUUGAUUUCUGUGCUGGGUUACGUGUGAUAAGUGCUAAAUCUUCUUACAAAGAGGCCUCUGGCUUUGGCAAAAGGCAUAGCCCGGUAUCUGUUAAAGGACAAUACCUGUUUUCAUGUUUUUGGCAUUAUGGGUAGGCACUGUCAGCAGUAAUGUAUUGUACACUGUAUGUGAUUUGUGGUAAAUACAUGAAAACUUGCAAAAAAAAAAAAAAAAAAAACCCAGCUAAAACUCACUGAUUUAUCACUGUGCCAAAACACACUGGGGACAUGGCUGCUGAGGCAGGUUUUGUGUAAAGAGCUCUCCUUCAGUUUGGUGCAAUGGUGAACUGAAAGACUACACAACACUCAACAUUCAUGCACAUAUGCUGCUGAUCUGUCUGCCAAACUGAUGUAGUGUACAAGUGAGCGUCAUCUCCGACUGGCUCUUGUGUUCAGAUGCCAGAUUCCUAUAUGUACAAAUAGUAUUUGGUAUUUUUUCUUUUAACUGUAAUGGUGUGAAAUGUUUUUGUUGCCCAAUAUGAGAACUUGUAAAUAGCUGAAUUUAAACAUGUCAAUAAAAAUAGUUUACUAUUUC